UCCCUGCACAUUGCUCUCAGCUCUGAGAAAGACGGUCUGCUUAGAAAGCGGACUGUCAACUACUCUAAGCUACCACAUUCUAACAGGAGGAACUUAGUCCAGGAAAAGAAGCUCCAAAGUGAAGAUCCUGACCCUGGCCACUCAAAUGGACAUUCAUUCAACAGACCUUCUAGAUCAUUAUAUGCAUUUUAAGUCUGAGAGCUGUGCUGGAACCAGCCUGGAUCUAGCAAUGUUCUACCACGACUGAUUGCUGGCCAUUCCUAAAGGGCAGGCGAAUGGACUUCCACAACUGAUCACAUUUAUGAAGACUAUGGACCUGUACCUUAGAAAACUGAAGCAGGAGCUGCUGUCAAUGAAAGAAGUUGGAGAAGGUUUACAGGAGCAGAUGAACUCCAUGAUGGGUGCACUCCAGGAACUGAAACUUCUCCAGGUUCAGACGGCUCUUGAGCAGCUGGAAAUUUCAGGGGAGCAGAACCAGCUCCAAAUUAUGAGAGCAAAUCCAUAUUGCCAAAGUGUACAUAAGGCUACCGAGGUCAGGCAUGAGUCCAGAAAAGAGGCUGAGAAUAUAUGGGCAGGUGGAAGAAGUCUAGACAACAGCUCGUUGGCUAGUAGCCGAGGGUCAUGGGCUGCAAGCACAGUUAGCUCUGACUCUAUUCCAGGCUUGAAACAAGGUCAUCAGGUACUGUCACAAAGAGUAGCAGAGACUGAAACCUCUUUGCCCAUAUUGCCUUCAGUGGACAGGUGGCCUACGUGUGAAUUACAGUCUACAUCCUCCAGCUUUCAUAACCAUUCCUUUAAUGAUAAUACACAUUCUGACCUCGAUCAAAGCACCGAUGAUUUUAUAUCUGAUGAAGCCAAUGACUGGACAUCUUCUCUUAUGUCCCAGAGUCGGAACAGACAGCCUCUAGUAUUGGGUGACAAUAUUUUUGCAGACCUUGUUGGAAAUUGGUUAGAUCUACCAGAGAUGGAGAAAAAAGGAGAAAACCGUGAAAGCCUAUUAAGUAUCAGCAGAUCACAUGAAAUUUACAAAAAGAUUUCCCUGACAGCCAAUUUUUUCAAAAAGUUUUUACGAAGCGUACGUCCAGAUCGAGAUAAACUGCUUAAAGAAAAACCUGGUUGGCAAAAUUUUGAAGAUCAAAAACCUCAAAUCUCCAAGAGGAGCAAGAAACCAAGCAAACAGAAAAAUGUGUUCUAUUUCCCAUCAGCAAAUGACUUUAAAUCUAAAAUUGAAAAAACAGGCAGAAGCGAUGGGAAAAUCAUUGGACUAAGUGCCAAGAAAGACCAGAAACAAAAAGAUUCUCUGUACACAGGGUUUGACAUGAACACAGCAGUUUGGGUUUAAGAUGCAAUUCUUAAUGAGAAUGUGGUGGUGAUGACAUUUGUAUUGCUGACUCUUCGAUGCAUAUUCAUAAGCAUUUGCUUUGAGUUUACUUGAUGGUAUUCAGCUAAGCAGAAUACUAAAAAAUAUCCAUAUACUUUUUUUAAAGUUGUGAUGGAUUUUCUCUUGUUCUCUUUUUUGUUUUUGUAUAUACCAGCUACCAUAGACAACUAACAGACCAAGCCGGUUCUUGGUACUCAAGUGUCUUUUUUUUGUCUUUCUAUUAUGUUCUGAUAUACCUUGAACACCUACAAAAAUAUUUUGACAAUCUGUCCAAAAUGGGCUUGCACGUUGUUUCGCGGAUUGCAGAAAAAGUCAGGUUUCGGGCGAUUAUGAGCCUCAGCAAUUAAUUUAGUGCAAUUAUAGAACAAUGUAAAUUGCCUGUUAUUUACACUAAUCCCUGACCUGUCAAUAUGAGCCAUCAAAAUGAUCUCCCUUAAAGCCUUGAACUUUUUACUGCUGGGAUCUUCUUGCAUUAUAUAUCGUCAGAAAGUCUAUUUUUAUAUAGUAUGGAUACAAGGAAGAAGAAAAGGUUGUUGUCUUUAGUCAAUGCUAAAGGCAAGAGAAAGUCCUCCUAAUGCUAACUGUGACUGGACUGGUAUUUCCAGCAAUUACCUCAAACCCUAUCAUAUAUUGGUAUCAUUUUUGUAUCUCUAGAAAUACGGUCACUUGAAACUUGAAAGCUGCACAUAGUUCAAACCAAUUAUACUGUAUUGACUGUUGCUUAAUCUAUGAAAGCAUGGACAUGCAUUACAGUAAAUCGGUGACAAGGCAUGAGUACUAUAUACAAUUUGCAGUACAUUUGUACGGUAAUUAUGUUUCGUUAAGACUAUAGUUCCACUUGAUCUGUUCAACGUUGCAAAGUUGUUUCUUUCAAUAGAUGUUAAUAGCAGUCUAAUUCAUAUGUAUAAUUAUGACUUAUGCCAGGGUACCAUAAUAUGAUGCAUGGGAAAUAAAUCCAUCAAGGACUGUAUAACGUUCUGAAGACUUCCGUACUCAUAUUUUCCUUAGUGAUCAUCACUGAAAUACUGAUAAUUUAAUACCCACUAUAGUUUCUUGUAGGGUAUCACGCUCAGUUGCAUGUCAUAUAGCAAGAUUAUCGUUCAACUCACUUUAUUAUGGUGGCAAUAUAGCCGUCGUAGUCAUAUCAGCAGGCAUCACAUAUCUUCUUUUCUUCAUUUCUUAGACCUGGACAAUUCUGUAAAAUUGAUGUUUAAGAAGUUCUUGUGAAUAUUUUAAUAUGUGAAAUAAAACUGACCAAUAUGGUAAAUUUUGGAAUCAGGUAGAUUAUUUGUGUUGAUUUGAAGAAUCUUCUUUAGCUUGGACCUCAGGCUACUUCCCAAACUAUUCCUCUGAAAAGACACCAUUGACCAUGCAGUAUCCCUAUUGUUACUAGUGACCAAUAGAAAUAUUCAAUUCCACCUAAGCUGAUAUGUUUUAUUUAAAAAUGAUAUGGAAAAAUUUAUGAGAUUGGACUUAUUGGUACAAUACAGGUACAAACUUUUGUUCUAUGACAUCUUAAUAAGUUUAUAGACAACAAGACUAACAUAGUUUGGACAUUGUGUUUGCCAUGAGUGAUGGUACCCUGCACAUAGAAUACAACCAUAUCCUCUAAGCUUUGUCAGAUGCUGACCUAAGUAAUGUCCCUGCUCCUCUUUGUAAUCAGACCAGUAUUCCACUGUGUGCCAUCACAACGUGGUGUUAUGAAGUUUGUAUAUGAAGUUUGACAUUGGAGAUAUUAUAGGCCUGUAAUUCCCAUGUCUAGAUGCCAAAAUAACAGUCGCCAAAAUAAUUGUAAUGACCCAUGGUGUUCAAAAUGGUGCAAUUUUUUUUAGUAGAGCUUAGAAAGUAUACACUGAUCUCAUAUUGGAUGAUAUGGGUGACAAGCCACUUUUGAGUGUAAGGCUCAAUGUAUACAAGCUUUUUCUGCUGGAGUAGGGAGUAAUUUUGGAUAUAUUCACAUUUGCCUUUAUUGAUAUACUUUUAGCUUUUCUUUUUCAGAUUUUAUCAUGAUUUAAUUGUUCAGUGGUAGAAUGGUGCAUUUGUGUGAGAGUAUUUAAUGUAGGUUGCUUAGCUGUAAACCGGUGUGUGUUUCCAUACUGCAGUAAAAUAACUGUGUGUAAUGAAUGUUUUCAUAUAUGUUUUCCUUGUAUGCUAGUCCUUGAUGUGGAAAAUGAUUUUUGCUUCUGCCUUUCAGAUAUAAAUUGUCAACCACUUAUGUUGUACACUCUAGGUUUAAUGUUGAUACAUAAAGUCUAUCUGUCAAAUGUGCUUAUGGCCUCAUGAACAUGAUAUGGCCUUGUGCAAAGAGCCUGACAUUGGCCCAUGGAGUCACCGUGACUCUGUAUUGUGGAGUCAUAUAUAUAUCGAGGGUUUCUCUUCUAGAAGCAAUGCUUCUAGAGGAGAUUAUCUGUGUGAUACAACAUCCAGUGGAACAUGGCAUAACUAAAAUUGGAGGUAUAGGCCCCAUGUAUUAUAUGGAUGCCAUAUGACAACGGUGUUCAACUUUGAGUUUUUAUGGAGAUGUGGCAUAAGAUUUCUGCAUGAGCCCUUCUUGUUAGGCUAGUUUCACACUAACACAAAACUGAGCUUGCCAGAGUUCAUCGUAUACGGCAUAGCCAGAUACUACCUUUACCUACCGGAACCCAUUAACUAUAAUCGUUAGUGCCAGGAUUGCGCCGGACAAAAAAUGCUGCUUGCAGCGGUAUUUGUCUGGCUGAAUCUUGGCACUAAUUCCGUAAAUAGGCUGGAUCCAGGCCAGGUACCGUUAUAGUCAAUCGGUGCUCCAGCAGCAUCCGGCUAUGCCAGAUGAGAUAAACUUCGGCAGAUGGUCCCUGGACUGGAACAGCCUGCCGGAACAGUUUACCGCUGGUGUGAAACUAUCCUUAGUGUUUGGACACUAUGUAAAAUCAUUGCAAUUAAAUUUAUCUUAUUAACCACAAGAUCAAUACUGGCCAAUUCAAAUAGGACACAUUUUUCUUGAAAGAUCAGUGAUAUUCCCCAGCAUGAAGAAUUACCAGUUUCCUGUAAAAUAAAAA